GUAUCCCAGCAUGCUUGACAGUCAGCGACAUGAACAGGGAAGGAUGGUGAAGCUAAGAUGGCAGCGCUGCUAGAGGUGCUGUCUUUACAGGGUCAAGAAAAACACCAGGAUCAAACGCCAAGCACGGACGUCAGCUCACGCAUUUGAUUUCUUUCACAUCGUGCCAUUGAACAUGCAAGCUCGGUUCGGCGGAAUCGCUUGCAGUCGAGGAAAUAAAGGCUGAAUUCGGAUCCGGGGGAAGCGCAUAAUUUCGCAUUUGCAGCAGAGCGGCUAACCGUCAACGUCGUUGCAUCGCAGGCGCAGAUUGAUCGGAGUUACUCGGAUGUAAUCCGCCGGGGGUUUUGCGCGUUUGCGGAUCGGAUUUAUGGAGCCCGUUUGUCACUUUUAGCUCUGCCGAUUGACAUUGUAAUCCAAUAUAUGCGUUGUUCCCCUAAACGAUGAUGUGUGCUGCUGCGGCAGCGGGUGCCGGUGGGAUCCUGUCCACCUCAUCCCACUCCAUGGGGCUGGGUGUCAGGGUCAUUCCUGGGGCUGGAAACGAUUUCGGAACGAUUGGAUCAGGGAUGGGCCCUUGUCCCGUUAUGGGGGCUCGGUCGGAUUGUCGGAGUCGUUACCAGCUUCUUCUCUCAGGGCGAGCGCUGGCGGAGAGGUACCGGAGGAUUUACACCACUGCGAUCAACGACAAAGAGCAAGGGCUUAACCUCGGGAGGGGAAAGAAAGCUUUGAGCAAGAAGAAGCUGAAAAGGCGCCAAAAAGUCAAAUCAAAAGUGAAAACAAGAACAAAGGCAGAGGUUCUCGAUGGGGCCUUUCCAGUGCCGGACAUCAAACUCCACAGCAACCCCUCUGCAUUCAACGUCUACUGUAAUGUGCGGCACUGUGUGCUUGACUGGCAGCAGAAGGAGGCCACGUUGGCCCUGGCCUCACGCAAUUCUGUGCAGAGCGGAGACUCGGACAGUGAGGAAGAGGAAGAAUGCCGUGAACCUGCUGUCAAACUGCCGAAGAUUAUUGGUAUUGGGCUUUGUGGAGUUUUUGAGCUCAUCAAAGAGACGCGCUUUUCACACCCAUCACUGUGCUUACGGAGCCUUCAGGCACUUCUUGAUAUGCUACAGGGUCAACAACCUGAGAGCUUUCAGACUGAACCUCCAGAUGUGCUCGAGUCUCUUUUCCACCUUCUGCUGGAGACAACGGUGCGAAGUACAGGGAUGAAUGAUCCCACGGGUCAGACCUUGACGGCAUUGUCCUGCGCUUGUCUCUUUAGUCUGGUUGUGUCCUGGGGAGACACUGGUAAAACCCUACAGGCGGUGUCUGCCAUCCUCACUAACAAUGGCAGCCAUGCAUGUCAAACUAUUCAGGUUCCGACAAUCCUGAACGCUCUCCAGCGCAGUGUGCAGGCAGUGCUGGUGGGGAAAAUCCAGAUUCAGGACUGGUUCGGGAACGGCAUCAAGCGAGCUGCCCUGAUGAACAAAUGGGUUCUGAAGGAGGUGAACAUCGAUGAAGAAGAACACUGUCUUCUUCAAACAGAUGGUUCUUUCCUUUACCUGCUCUGCAAGGAUGGUCUCUACAAAGUGGGCUCAGGUUACAGCGGGACCGUCAGGGGCCACGUGUACAACUCCACAUCACGUAUCAGAAACCGUAAGGAUAAGAGGUCGUGGCUGGGAUUCGCUCAGGGUUGUUUGCUAUAUCGAGACAUAAACAGUCACAGCAUGUCGGCCAUUAAGAUCAACCCAGAGACCCUGGAGCAGGAGGGCACCAUCACUAUGCCUGGUCUUCAAGCAGAUGGGCAGAACAUCGUAUUCACCGAUGGAGAAUAUAUUAAUCAGAUCGCAGCCUGCAAAGAUGAUGGCUUUGUGGUGCGGAUAUACGCCACCAGCUCAGAUCCGGCCCUACAGCAAGAACUGCAGCUCAAACUGGCAAGGAAGUGUCUGCAUGCCUGUGGCAUCUCCCUCUUUGACCUAGAGAAGGACCUUCAUAUCAUCAGCACUGGGUUUGAUGAGGAAGCUGCUUUGAUUGGAGCCGGCAGAGAGUUUGCUCUGAUGAGAACAGCAUCUGGAAAGAUAUAUUACACCGGAAAGUAUCAGAGCCUUGGUAUCAAGCAGGGUGGCCCAUCGGCUGGGAAGUGGGUGGAGCUCCCAGUCACUAAAUCGCCCAAGAUUGUUCAGUUCUCAGUGGGCCAUGACGGCUCCCACGCCUUGCUGGUGGCGGAAGACGGGAGCGUUUUUUUCACAGGCUCUGCCAGCAAAGGGGAGGACGGCGAGUCAACGAAGAGCAGGAGACAACCAAAGCCCUACAAACCCAAAAAGAUGAUCAAACUCGAGACCAAGACGGCAGUCUGCACGGCCUGCAAUAAUGGCAGCAGCAGUAUUGUCACUAAAGAUGGAGAGCUAUACAUGUUUGGCAAGGAUGCCAUUUACAGCGACAGUACCAGUCAGGUAUCGGAUCUGAAGGGACACUUUGUAACUCAGGUAGCCAUGGGGAAAGCUCACACCUGUGUUCUGACCAAGAGUGGUGAGGUGUGGACGUUUGGAGUGAACAACAAGGGCCAGUGUGGUCGAGACACUGGGGCCAUGAGCCAGGCAGGGAAAGCAUUUGGAGUGGAGAACAUGGCCACUGCUAUGGAUGAGGACUUAGAAGAUGAGCUGGACGAGAAGGAGGAGAAGUCUAUGAUGUGUCAGCCGGGCAUGCACAAGUGGAAGCUGGACCAGUGUAUGGUGUGCACUGUGUGUGGAGACUGCACUGGGUACGGGGCUAGUUGUGUGAGCAGUGGACGACCUGACAGAGUGCCAGGAGGGAUUUGUGGCUGUGGCUCUGGUGAGUCUGGCUGUUCGUCAUGCGGCUGUUGUAAGGCUUGUGCCAGGGAACUGGAUGGUCAGGAGGCCAGACAGAGAGGAAUCUUUGAUGCUGUGAAGGAAAUGAUACCGCUGGACCUGCUCUUGGCUGUACCUGUCCCUCCUCCCCCAGGCGUCAAUAUCGAAGAGCACAUCCAGAUUCGACAGGAGGAGAAGAGGCAGCGUGUCAAUCGCCGACACAGGCUGGAAGAGGGCCGAGGCCCCCUUGUUUUCCCCGGCCCCCUUUUUAUGAACCAGCGUGAGCAGGUGCUAGCCAGACUAAGACCCCUUCAGGCCUUUAAGCUAAUGCGGGAGAAACUCAAAGAUGGCAGCAGUGAACGCGGGGACAAAGAUGCCAGUAAGAUCACCACCUAUCCUCCCGGGUCCGUGCGCUUUGACUGCGAGCUGCGAGCUGUGCAGGUCAGCUGUGGCUUCCAUCACUCCGUGGUGUUAAUGGAGAAUGGAGAUGUUUACACCUUUGGUUAUGGACAGCAUGGGCAACUUGGACAUGGAGAUGUUAAUUCUAGGGGGUCACCCACUCUUGUGCAGGCUCUGCCUGGCCCCAGUACUCAGGUGACAGCAGGCAGUAACCACACUGCAGUGCUUCUGAUGGAUGGACAGGUCUUCACCUUCGGGAGUUUCUCGAAAGGGCAGUUAGGGCGACCCAUUCUCGACAUGCCCUACUGGAACGCCAAGCCAUCUCCGAUGCCCAACAUUGGCGCCAAGUAUGGCCGCAAGGCCACGUGGAUCGGUGCCAGCGGUGAUCAGACCUACCUUAGAAUCGAUGAGGCACUGAUCAACUCCCACGUCCUGGCCACCUCAGAGAUUUUCGCCAGCAAACACAUCAUUGGUCUUGUUCCAACAUCUGUUUCUGAGCCUCUUCCCUUCAAAUGCCUGUUGAUCAACAAACUGGAUGGCAGCUGCCGCACAUUCAAUGACUCUGAGCAGGAGGAUCUCCAGGGGUUUGGACUCUGUUUGGACCCUGUCUAUGAUGUCAUCUGGAGGUUCCUGCCUGCCACACGUGAGAUGUGUUGCUACAACGCAGUGAUUGCAGAUGCCCGUGUGCCACCCGCCUCUGACGUCCAGGCCCUCUGCAGCAUCCUUAGUCCUGAACUGGCACUGCCCUCGGGCUCACACGCUACCACCACACGUUCCCAUGGAGCUCUACACAUCCUGGGUUGUCUUGACACACUAGCUGCUAUGCAGGAACUGAAGAUGGGUGUGGCCAGCGCUGAGGAAGAGACCCAGGCGGUGAUGAAGGUUUACUCCAAAGAGGACUACAGUGUGGUCAACCGUUUUGAGAGUCACGGAGGAGGCUGGGGUUACUCGGCACACUCCGUAGAGGCCAUCCGCUUCUGUGCUGAUGCUGACAUCCUGUUAGGGGGUUUGGGUCUUUUCGGUGGUAGAGGAGAGUAUACGGCAAAGAUCAAGUUGUUUGAACUAGGCCCAGACGGAGGAGACCAUGAGACAGAUGGAGACCUGUUGGCUGAGACAGAUGUACUGGCAUAUGACUGUGCUGCACGGGAGAAAUACGCCAUGAUGUUUGAUGAGCCUGUACUCCUGCAAUUGGGCUGGUGGUACGUGGCAUGGGCUCGUGUGUCUGGACCCAGCAGUGACUGCGGAUCCCAUGGCCAGGCAACCAUCACCACUGAUGAUGGUGUGGUCUUUCAAUUCAAAAGCUCCAAGAAAUCAAACAAUGGUACUGACGUAAAUGCUGGACAAAUCCCUCAGCUACUCUACAGGUUACCCUCUAAUGAUGGUAACGCAUCCAAAGGGAAACAGCAGACCAGUGAACCUGUUCACAUCCUCAAGCGUUCUUUCGCCAGGACAGUCUCUGUGGACUGUUUUGAGUCUCUUUUGAGUAUUUUGCACUGGAGCUGGACCACCCUGGUGUUAGGGGUGGAGGAGCUGAGAGGGUUGAAGGGCUUUCAGUACACAGCCACACUGCUGGACCUGGAGCGUCUGCGAUUUGUGGGCACCUGCUGUCUGCGACUACUGCGUGUCUACAUCUGUGAGAUCUUCCCCAUAUCUGCCAGCACCAAAGCAGUGGUGGAGGAGUCCAGCAAGCUGGCGGAGUGUGUAGGAAAGACACGCAGCCUAUUAAAGAAGAUCCUGUCAGAAGGGAUGGACAACUGCCUGACCAAACUGGACAAUGACCCUCAGGGAUAUCUGAGUCAACCCCUCACGCUACUGGAGGCUGUGCUACAAGAGUGUCACAACACAUUUACCGCAUGCUUUCACUCUUUCUACCCAACACCGGCCCUGCAGUGGGCCUGCCUGUGUGAUCUUCUCAACUGCCUCGAUCAGGACAUUCAAGAGGCGAAUUUCCGAACAUCGAGCAGCCGACUGCUGGCUGCAGUGAUGUCAGCGCUCUGUAACACAUCGGUCAAGCUGACCUCAAUCUUACCGAUCGCGUACGACGGGGAGGUUCUUCUGCGCUCGCUCGUCAAACAGGUCAGCACGGAGAACGACUCGGCACUCGCCCACCGCUUCCCCCUGCUGGUGGCACAUAUGGAGAAACUCAGUCACACGGAAGAGAAUCUCAUGGGCAUGACGACGUUUCGUGAGGUUCUGGAAAAGAUGCUGGUCAUUGUGGUGCUUCCUGUGAGGAAGAGUCUGAGGAAGGAGAUGGAGCUUUUCUCUCCUCAUCUGGUGUCCAACACAUGUGGUCUUCUGGCCAGUAUUGUUAGUGAACUGACUGCUUCGGCUCUCGGCUCUGAGGUGGAUGGGCUGAACUCUCUGCACUCGGUGAAAGCCACCCCCAACCGUUUUACUAAGACCAGCCAGGGUCGUAGCUGGAACACGGGGAACGGCUCCCCUGAUGCCAUCUGCUUUACGAUGGAUAAGCCAGGGGUGGUGCUGGUGGGUUUCUGUGUGUACGGUGGAGGAGGCAUCCACGAAUACGAACUUGAGGUCCUUGCUGAUGAUGCUCAGACGGAGCACCCUGGAGAUUCCACCCACUCCCACAGAUGGACGUCUCUAGAGUUAGUCAAAGGCACCUACAGCACCGAUGACUCCCCCAGUGACAUUGCUGAGAUCCGCCUAGACAAAGCUGUUCCUUUGAAGGAGAAUGUAAAAUAUGCUGUUCGCCUGCGUAACUACGGCAGUCGUACUGCCAAUGGGGAUGGAGGGAUAACCACCGUGCAGUGCUCAGAUGGAGUUAACUUUACAUUCAGCACGUGCAGCCUGAGCAGCAAUGGCACCAACCAGACCAGAGGCCAGAUUCCUCAGAUUCUUUAUUACAGGAGUGAAUAUGAUGGAGACCUGCAGUCACAGCUGUUAAGCAAAGCUAAUGAGGAAGACAAGAACUGCAGUCGCGCUCUUUCUGUGGUCAGCGUUGUGGUCCGAGCAGCCAAAGAUCUCCUGCACAGGGCCUUUGCUGUGGAUGCUGAAGAUAUUCCCGAGCUCAUCAGUUCCUCCAGUCUCUUCUCAAUGCUGCUUCCACUCAUUUUGGCAUACAUCGGCCCUGUGGCUGCAUCUGUGCCUAAGGCUGCAGUAGAGGUGUUCGGUUUGGUACAAGAACUCCUUCCAGCUGUUUCUGCCUUGAACCAGAAAUAUGCCCCGCCUGCUUUCAAUCCUAACCAAUCCACAGACAGCACCACUGGGAAUCAGCCAGAACAGGGCCUGUCAGCUUGCACCACCUCUAGUCACUAUGCUGUCAUAGAGAGCGAUCACCCCUAUAAGCAGGCUGGUGUCACUCAGUACAAGGUUUCCUUCCCAGACUGUGUCCGCUGGAUCACCGUCGAGUUUGACCCUCAGUGUGGCACGGCACAGCCGGAAGAUGUCCUGCGUCUCCUGAUUCCCAGCCGAGCGAUGCACUUCUCUGGGCUUGGCUCCAAAGUUCUGGCCCACGAGACCAUCAACAGCUGGACUGAGCUCAAGAAGUUUUCUGGCUCCAGCGGAUGGCCCUCUGCCGUCCUGGUGCUACCAGGAAACGAAGCUCUUUUCUCUUUGGAAACUGCAUCAGAUUAUGUGAAAGAUGAGAAGGCUUGUUUCUAUGGAUUCAAAUGUGUAGCUGUUGGUUACGAGUUUAACCCUGGUGUUGAUGAGGGUAUUAUUCAGCUCGAAAAGGAAUUAGCCUAUUUGGGAAGCGUGUGUGCAGCUGCUCUAAUGAAAAAGGAUCUAGCUUUACCAAUAGGAAAUGAUCUGGAGGAAGAUUUAGAGAUCUUAGAAGAAGCAUCACUCCAGGUGUGUAAAGCCCACUCAGGGAUUCUGGGAAAGGGGCUGGCCCUCUCUCACUCGCCCACUAUUCUGGAGGCGCUGGAGGGCAACCUGCCAUUGCACCUGCAGACAAAUGAACACUCCUUCCUGGAGGACUUUAUCACCUGCAUGCAGAACUCGAGUGGUGGACGGCUUGCCAGGUGGCUUCAGCCAGACUCCUAUGCAGACCCUCAAAAGACGUCACUUAUUCUAAACAAAGAUGACAUCCGCUGUGGCUGGCCCACUACUGUUGUGGUGCAGACCAAAGACCAGUAUGGAGAUGUUGUGCAUGUGCCAAACAUGAAGGUUGAAGUGAAGGCUGUUCCUGUCUCUCAGAAAAAGUCAAUUCAGCAGGAGAACAUGAAAAGACUGCAGCGUUUGCCAGGCAGCUCCUCUAACUCGGGCAGUGAUUUGACCUUCGGUGGCCACCCAGCACCCAAACUGGAGGCGACUUAUGAGCCCAUGAUUAUCAAAGAGGCCCGCUAUAUCGCCAUCACCAUGAUGAAGGCAUAUGAAAAUUACUCUUUCGAGGAACUUCGCUUUGCCUCACCCACACCAAAGAGGCCCAGUGAGAACAUGCUCAUCCGGGCCAACACAGAUGGCACUUACAGCGCUAACUGGACCCCUGGUGCCGUUGGACUGUACACCAUUCAUGUCACCAUAGAUGGCAUUGAAAUUGAUGCUGGUCUGGAGGUAGAAGUGAAAGACCCACCCAAAGGAAUGAUCCCACCUGGCACACAAAUGGUUAAACCCAAAGCUGAACCUCAACCGAACAAGGUGCGCAAAUUUGUGGCCAAGGACAGCGCAGGCCUGCGUGUGCGUAGCCAUCCCUCUCUCCAAAGCGAACAGAUAGGCAUAGUCCAUGUCAAUGGCACCAUCACAUUCAUUGACGAGAUCCACAAUGAUGAUGGUGUCUGGCUCAGACUGAAUGAUGACACAGUAAAGAAGUAUGUUCCCAACAUGAAUGGGUACACUGAAGCCUGGUGCCUCUCUUUUAACCAGCAUCUGGGUAGAAGCCUCCUGCUCCCCGUCGACAAUACCUUUAGCGCUAGCCAAGGAGUCAGGGAUAUCGACUUUUUGUCUUGGACGACCUUAUCUUGUUUUCCACAGGAGGGCAGGUCAAGUUUGGAUGAUUUUGAAAAGGACGUCAGUGGCCACCCUUGUCAGGAGGCCACCGUACGUGACCUGGGCACAGGCCAGGGCAACGGACCAGGUCUUUAUAAGGUAGUGAAGACCGGACCUUCGGGUCACAACAUCAGAAGCUGCCCAAACCUUAGAGGUAUCCCCAUUGGAAUGUUAGUUCUGGGGAACAAAGUCAAGGCGGUAGGCGAGGUGAUUAACCCGGAGGGUACUUGGGUUCAGCUGGAUAAGAACAGUGUGGUGGAGUUCUGUGAAAGCGAUGAUGGUGAGGCCUGGUCUCUAGCCCGAGACAGAGGAGGGAUUCAGUACCUGCGGCACGAUGAAGAACAAGGGAUUUUGGAGCAUGGAGCCCAGACACCGCCUCCCAGCCCAUUUUCAGUCCAGGCGUUUAAUAGGGGCGGGGGCAGCUCAGGAGCGCAGGGCUUUGACUAUGGCAUAUCCAACAACAAAGGUGACCGGAUGAGUGCCAUACUGAAUCCUAUUCAGUCUGGGCCUUUCCUCCAAACUCCUUCCAUAUUUGAGCAAGCUGCCAAACCCUCUUCCCCUGUCCACAGCCCAUUUGUGUUUGGACAGUCCCUAUCCCAGCAGCCUCAACCGCAUCCACAGCUUCCGAAUGCUUCAUCACGCAGCCUUGCUUCACGUGAGCGUGUGCACAAAAGCAGUGCGACUGGGCCUGGCACCGCUCUCUCAUCUCUUGUUCUCAGACAAAAGGGUGACAGGGAAAAUGUGCCCAGUCGGUCCAUGUCUCCAGCAAGCAAGCACCGUCAAGAGAGUCGUUCAUCCAAACAAGACUCUCACUCUAGCCGAUCCACUCUGGUUGACCAGGUGAAGAGCAAGAACAAUGACAGUCUGUCUGCCAGCGAGGCGCUCAUUCUAAAAUCAGACACGGGCAAAUUGCGGUCUGACUCUCAUAGCCGCUCACAUUCCCCUAACCACAACACCUUACAAGCCCUAAAAGCUGAUGGCCGAACCUCAGGCCUAAGGGCUGAGUCUCCAAACCCUGGCUCCCGUUCCUCCUCACCCAAACAAAAGACCUAUACCUCAGGCAGGUCCAGCCCUUCUAGCACCAGUUCCCCACGAUCAUCUUCUCCUCAUGAUAAGAACCUGCCCUCUAAAGUUAGUUCUCCUCCAAAAGCUCACCUGGACCCACCUCGGGAGAGAUCCAAAUCGGACUCCUAUACCCUGGAUCCUGAAACCCUUAGAAAAAAGAAAGUGCCUCUCAUGGAGCCUCUUAGGGGCAGAUCUACUUCACCCAAGCCAAAACUCCCACCCAAAGAGGGCAAAGGAGGAAGCAGCAAUGCCGAAAACCGAGCCCCAUCUCCCCACGUAGUUCAGGAAGACCUCCACAGUGAGGUGGUGGAAGUGUGCAGGUCCAGCGCAUUGCUAUCCAAUGAAGAAGCCAAUGAUGAGAAUGCAGAUUUGCAUAGUGCCGAAGAAGGCUCCUCUAAGGUACACUUUAGUAUUGGAAAAGCCCCAGUCAAGGAGGAGCUUGAAAGUCGUUCUUCACCCAAAGUCAGCCGUAAAACCUCCAGCAGGCAUGUGAGAUCCAAAAAAGACAAGUCAGGGCCACUAUUUAAGAGCGAAAACGCACGUCCCACUGAACCCGCCAAGCAGGCCAUGUCGCCAUCAGUUGCUGAAUGUGCUCGCGCUGUGUUUGCUGCCUUUUUGUGGCAUGAAGGUAUAGUACACGAUGCCAUGGCAUGCUCGUCUUUCCUCAAGUUCAAUCCUGAGCUAACCAAGGAACAUGCACCCAUUCGCAAUUCUCUCAGCUGCCAACAAGGCUUUGAUGAGAAGGAGAACAAACUUAAGAACCGUCAUUCACUGGAGAUCUCCUCUGCCCUCAACAUGUUCAACAUAUCACCCCAUGGCCCAGACAUCUCCAAGAUGGGAAGUAUCAACAAGAACAAGGUUCUGUCCAUGCUGAAAGAGCCACCCUUGCCUGAGAAGUGCGAGGAUGGGAAAAGUGAUGCAGUUUCGUAUGAGGUGACCAGCCACUCCUCCAUGAGGUCUAAGUCAAUCUUGCCUCUCACCCUCCAGCACUUAGUAGCCUUCUGGGAAGACAUAUCUAUGGCUACCAUAAAAGCAGCUACACAGAACAUGAUCUUCCCCAGCCCUGGUUCCAGCGCAAUCCUAAAAAAGAAGGAGAAUGAAAAGGAUAGCAAGAAGACAAAGAAAGAGAAGAAGAAGAAGGAGAAAGCUGAGGUCCGCCCCAGGGGGAACCUCUUUGGGGAGAUGGCACAGUUGGCAAUGGGAGGCCCAGAGAAGGAUACAAUUUGUGAGCUGUGUGGAGAAUCCCACCCUUAUCCUGUUACUUACCACAUGAGACAGGCCCACCCAGGCUGUGGCCGGUAUGCUGGAGGGCAGGGCUAUAACAGUAUUGGCCACUUCUGUGGUGGCUGGGCUGGUAACUGUGGAGAUGGUGGAAUUGGAGGAAGCACCUGGUACCUGGUGUGUGAUCGUUGUAGAGAGAAGUACCUAAGAGAGAAACAAACAGCUGCCAGAGAAAAGGUUAAGCAGUCAAGAAAGAAACCGCUUCAAGUAAAAACCCCACGGGCUCUUCCCACAAUGGAGGCCCACCAGGUGAUCCGUGCCAAUGCACUAUACCUGCUGUCUCUGAGCAGUGCCGCUGAGCCAAAUCUGCUUUGCCAUCACCCACCCAAACCUUUUCACACACAGCUUCCCAGUCUGAAGGAGGGAGUGUCUGAGGAAUUACCCAACAAGAUGGGUUGUCUCUAUCUGCAAACCCUAGCUCGCCAACACACGGAGAACUUUGGAGGCUACCAAGAUGAUAAUCUUUUUCAGGAUGAGAUGCGUUAUCUGCGUUCUACUUCAGUCCCUGCUCCAUACAUCUCAGUUACUCCAGACGCCUGCCCGAACGUUUUUGAAGAGCCAGGAAGUAACAUGAAAUCCAUGCCCCCAAGUUUGGAGACAAGCCCAAUCACAGACAGUGACACAGGCAAAAGGACAGUAUUCCAACGAUCCUAUUCAGUGGUGGCCUCUGAAUAUGACAAGCAGCACUCAGCCUCCCCAGCGCGAGUAAAGGCAGUCCCCAGACGCAGGGUGCACAGUGGAGAUGCAGAAGUUGGGUCAUCUCUACUUCGUCACCCAUCUCCUGAGUUGUCUCGACUGAUAUCAGCCCAUGGCUCACUCAGCAAGGGCGAGAGGAACUUCCAGUGGCCCGUGUUGGCAUUCGUAAUCCAGCAUCAUGAUCUAGAGGGUCUAGAGGUGGCCAUGAAACAUGCGCUUCGCAAAUCAGCCUGCAGGGUGUUUGCCAUGGAGGCAUUUAACUGGCUGCUGUGUAAUGUGACUCAGACCACCUCCUUGCAUGAUAUCCUAUGGCACUUUGUGGCAUCUUUGACCCCGUCACCCUUUGAGGCAGAAGAAGAAGAGGAUGAGGAGAGCAAAGGAAACAAGGAGAAUCUUGAACAGGAGAAGGAUUUAGGUGUCUGUGAGCACCCGCUCUCUGACAUACUCAUCGCUGGAGAAGCAGCUCAUCCGCUGCCCCACACCUUCCACCGUCUGCUCCAGACCAUCUCUGACCUGAUGAUGUCACUGCCCAGUGGAAGCUCCCUUCAGCAGAUGGCCCUAAGGUGUUGGAGUCUUAAAUUCAAACAGUCGGAUCAUCAGUUCCUGCACCAGAGUAAUGUGUUUCACCACAUCAACAACAUCCUGUCCAAAUCGGACGAUGGCGACAGCGAGGAGAGUUUUAACAUUAGCGUACAGUCUGGAUAUGAAGCAAUCAGUCAGGAACUUUGUGUGGUGACCUGUCUGAAAGAUCUGACUAGCGUAGUGGACAUUAAAACAUCUAGCCGACCUGCCAUGAUUGGCAGCCUGACUGACGGAUCCACUGAGACGUUCUGGGAGUCUGGGGAUGAAGAUAAGAACAAAACAAAGAGCGUCACUAUCAGCUGCGUGAAAGGACUCAAUGCUUCCUACGUCUCUGUACAUGUUGAUAACUCUCGUGACAUCGGAAAUAAAGUAACAUCAAUGACGUUCCUGUGUGGAAAGGCUGUAGAAGAUCUCUGCCGGAUCAAACAGAUUGACCUGGACUCGAGGCACAUGGGCUGGGUCACCAGUGAACUGCCUGGAGGGGACCACCAUGUGAUCAAGAUUGAGCUUAAGGGUCCUGAAAACACGCUUCGGGUACGACAGGUCAAAGUGCUUGGCUGGAAGGAGGGCGAAAGCAUUAAGAUCGCUGGGCAGAUAUCAGCCAGCGUAGCCCAGCAGAAGAACUGUGAGGCUGAAACGCUGCGUGUGUUCCGCCUUAUUACCUCCCAGGUAUUUGGAAAAUUGAUUUGUGGCGAUGCAGAACCAACACCAGAACAAGAAGAGAAGAACCUGCUCUCAUCACCCGAAGGAGAAGACAAGGCUCCUUCUGAUGCAGACUUGAAGGAGCACAUGGUUGGCAUUAUAUUUAGCCGAAGCAAACUGACUAACCUUCAGAAACAGGUUUGUGCCCAUAUCGUGCAAGCCAUUCGUAUGGAGGCAACACGUGUACGUGAGGAAUGGGAGCACGCCAUCUCCAGCAAGGAGAACGCAAACUCUCAGCCCAGUGAUGACGAUGCUUCAUCGGAUGCGUACUGUUUUGAGCUGCUGUCUAUGGUCCUGGCCUUGAGCGGAUCUAAUGUUGGCAGGCAGUAUCUGGCUCAGCAGCUCACCCUGUUACAGGACCUUUUCUCACUGCUUCACACUGCUUCACCACGUGUCCAGAGACAGGUGACAUCAUUGCUCAGACGCGUUCUUCCUGAGGUCACUCCCAUGCGUUUGGCUAGCGUCAUUGGUGUAAAGGCCCUUCCACCAGCGGACAUUAGUGACAUCAUCCACUCUACUGAAAAAGGCGACUGGACCAAGCUGGGCAUUUUGGAUAUGUUCCUGGGCUGCAUCGCCAAGGCCCUUACCGUGCAGCUUAAGGCCAAGGGCACCACUAUAGUUGGCACAGCUGGCAUGGCUGCGGGCAAAGGGGUCACGACGGUCACUCUGCCCAUGAUCUUUAACUCGAGUUACAUACGGCGUGGAGAAAGUCACUGGUGGAUGAAGGGCUCCACCCCACCACAGAUAGCUGAAAUUAUCAUUAAACUAGUCAAAGACAUGGCUGCUGGUCAUCUCUCAGACGCCUGGUCCAGGGUGACUAAGAACGCUAUAGCCGAGACCAUCAUUGCACUCACUAAGAUGGAAGAAGAACACAGAUCACCAGUGCGCUGCAUCGCUACCACUCGGCUGUGGCUUGCGCUGGCCUCUCUGUGUGUUCUGGAUCAGGACCAUGUGGACCGACUAUCAUCUGGUCGCUGGAUGGGUAAAGACGGGCAACAAAAGCAGAUGCCCAUGUGUGAUAACCAUGAUGAUGGGGAGACUGCAGCCAUCAUUUUAUGUAAUGCUUGUGGAAACCUGUGUACUGACUGCGAUCGCUUCCUACAUCUCCACCGGCGGACACGUACCCACCAGAGACAGGUGUUCAAGGAGGAGGAGGAAGCCAUUAAAGUGGACCUACAUGAAGGAUGUGGCAGAACUAAACUCUUCUGGCUCAUGGCACUGGCCGACUCUAAGACCAUGAAGGCAAUGGUGGAAUUUCGUGAGCACACAGGUAAACCAGCAUCCAGCAGUUCGGACGUCUGCCGCUUCUGUGGAACCAGGAACGGUACAGAGCUGUCCGCUGUAGGAAGCGUGUGUUCAGACCAGGAUUGUCAGGAGUAUGCAAAACUGGCCUGUAGUAAAACUCAUCCGUGUGGUCACCCGUGUGGUGGGGUGAAAAAUGAAGAGAUGUGUCUUCCCUGCCUGCACGGUUGUGAUAAAAGCGCAGCCUGUCUGAAACAAGACGCUGAUGAUAUGUGCAUGAUUUGUUUCACUGAAGCGCUCUCUGCUGCACCAGCAAUCCAGCUGGACUGCAGUCACGUCUUUCAUCUUCAGUGUACACGAAGGGUUCUGGAGAACCGCUGGCUUGGGCCCAGGAUAACCUUCGGUUUUAUGUCAUGCCCUAUUUGCAAGAACAAGAUAAACCACUCUGUACUGAAAGACCUGCUGGAUCCAAUCCGAGAGCUGUAUGAGGACGUGAGGAGGAAGGCUUUAAUGCGGUUAGAGUAUGAAGGUCUACACAAGAGUGAAGCCAUCACAAUGUCUGGAGCUCGAUUCUACAACGACCCAGCUGGAUUUGCCAUGAACAGAUAUGCAUACUACGUCUGCUUCAAGUGUAAAAAGGCAUAUUUUGGGGGAGAAGCCCGCUGUGAUGCUGAGGCAGGACAAGGUGAUGAUUAUGAUCCCCGUGAGCUCAUCUGUGGAGCAUGCUCAGAUGUGUCCCGAGCACAGAUGUGUUCUAAGCACGGCACAGAUUUCCUGGAAUAUAAAUGCCGUUACUGUUGCUCUGUGGCUGUGUUCUUCUGUUUUGGAACCACACAUUUUUGCAACGCCUGUCAUGAUGAUUUCCAGAGGAUGACCAGUGUUUCCAAAGAAGACCUGCCUCAUUGUCCUGCUGGACCAAAAGGAAAACAAUUAGAGGGAAGCGAGUGCCCCCUGCAUGUGGUACAUCCUCCCACCGGAGAAGAGUUUGCACUGGGAUGUGGUGUGUGUAGAAACGCCCAUACCUUCUAAAUGCCGGGAUUCUUUAAUGCUCUAUCUAUACAUAUAUAUUUAUCCUCCUGUGGGCGACUCGCUUACUCAUCAGCACAUCCUGAGAGCAGAUUCACCGGAUUUCCAAAUCAGAGGGGAUUUCAUCUUGCCCCCGUGUUCCAGGGUGCAUUCCCUCUCUUUAGAUGCUGAAGAAUUACAAAAAGAACAAAAAAAAACUUUGUGACGUGUUUGCAUGCAGCCGUUGUAACCCUUCGGCUCCCAUAAACGUUGCACACCUCCUGACCACUGAAGUUUAACAAUGCAUCGAGGAUGUCUGAACUGAAUCUGAGACUGUUAUGAGCACGGCGGAUGUGUGAAAAAAAGGCAAAACGAGAUGGGCCAUGAUUCUCAGAUAUACAAAUUUACGAUUCUAUUGUUGUAUGUAAACGUUCUUUUCUUAAUCCUGUACAGUAUUCAUUAACUUUGAAGUGCAUCAUGGUUUGAUGGAUAUUCUAAUGAUGUAUAAGGACUUAAGAAUGUUACGCUGGGAGGAAAAUAGUGUACGAUUUAUCUAAUCUUGUAUAUAAUGACAGUAACCCUUCAUAUGUGUAUUCCGAUGUUGCUACUCUACACUUCAGUUUCGUUUGAUAUCUUGGGUUUUGUUUUGAGCCAGAACUUUAAAUGAAGUGCAAUACUGGGUGUGCCUCCUCGCAGAUGUAAACAUAUGGAAUGUAUGUCAAUAAAACCACUGUACAUUUUUA